AUGCCAAAAAUCUUGUCAAAAAAAUGGAUUGUUUCAUACAGAAACGAGAUGUGGCUUCUGAUCCUGGUGGCGCAUUUGUUCCAGAGGAAUGUGAAUUCAGGACAUAUGCCAACUAUCACUGUGGACCCAGAAGCAUUCAUGAAUAUUAGUGAAAUCAUCCAACAUAAAGGUUAUCCUUGUGAGGAGUAUGAAGUCUUAACAGAAGAUGGAUAUAUCCUUUCUGUUAACAGGAUUCCUCAAGGCCUCGUGCAACUUAAGAAGACAAGUCCCAGACCUGUGGUGUUACUGCAGCAUGGCCUGCUGGGAGAUGCCAGCAACUGGAUUUCCAACCUGCCCAACAACAGCCUGGGCUUCAUUCUGGCAGAUGCUGGUUUUGACGUGUGGCUGGGGAACAGCAGAGGAAACACUUGGUCUCGGAAGCACAAGACCCUCUCCAUAGACCAAGAUGAGUUCUGGGCUUUCAGCUAUGAUGAGAUGGCUAGGUUUGACCUUCCUGCAGUCAUAAACUUUAUUUUGCAGAAAACAGGCCAAAAAAAGAUUUAUUAUGUUGGCUAUUCACAGGGCACCACCAUGGGCUUUAUUGCAUUUUCCACCAUGCCAGAGCUGGCUCAGAAAAUAAAAAUGUAUUUUGCUUUAGCACCCAUAGCUACUAUUAAAUAUGCAAAAAGCCCUGGGACCAAAUUUUUGCUGCUGCCAGAUAUGAUGAUCAAGGGAUUGUUUGGCAAAAGAGAAUUUCUCUACCAGACCCGAUUUCUCAGACAGUUUGUUAUUUACCUUUGUGGCCAGGUGAUUAUGGAUCAGAUUUGUAGCAACUUCAUGUUACUCCUGGGAGGAUUUAAUGCAAACAAUAUGAACAUGAGCCGAGCAAAUGUCUACGUCGCUCAUACUCCUUCAGGAACAUCUGUGCAAAAUAUCCUGCACUGGAGUCAGGCUAUGAAUUCUGGGGAACUCCGGGCAUUUGACUGGGGCAGUGAGACCAAAAAUCUGGAGAAAGGCAAUCAGCCAACUCCUAUAAGGUACAGAGUUAGAGAUAUGACAGUCCCUACAGCGAUGUGGACUGGGGGUCAGGACUGGCUUUCAAAUCCGGAUGAUGUGAGAACACUGCUCUCUGAGGUGACCACCCUCAUCUACCAUAAGAACAUUCCUGAAUGGGCCCACGUGGAUUUCAUCUGGGGUCUGGAUGCGCCUCACCGUAUGUACAAUGAAAUCAUACAUCUGAUGAAACAGGAAGAUACCAGCCUUUCCCGGGGAACUAUCAAUGUAAGCUUGUGAAGCAUCUGAUACUGACUAGUCUUAGGAAAAAAACCUCAUGAAUGAUGGGGCCAUGAGUGAAAGAUAUCAAAGAUUUUCAGCACUGGAAACCCACCAUAUUAGGAAAAGGGAGGGCCGAGAUUAGGGUUAAGAUUGUAUUCAUUCCUUUAGACUUUUUGCAUUUGAGGCUAAAACUGACAUUUAAUUUUUUCAAUUAAUUGAACUACUCAUUGGGUGAAUACAGUUUUCAUGUACUAUUGUGUAUUCUUCCAUCUUAAAAGGUAGGUUUUAGCUGACAGCCAAAAAUUAUCUAGUCAUUCUUUACGUCAUUCAAAUAAACUUCCUUAAAACAUUUAUUGUUG